AUGAAGGACUCGCUGGUGCUGCUGGGCCGUGUCCCGGCGCACCCCGACUCGCGGUGCUGGUUCCUGGCCUGGAACCCCACGGGAACCCUGCUAGCCUCGUGCGGGGGUGACCGUAAAGUCCGCAUUUGGGGCACCGAGGGUGGCAACUGGAUCUGCAAAUCUGUCCUUUCUGAAGGCCACCAGCGCACUGUGCGGAAGGUGGCCUGGUCUCCCUGCGGCAAUUACCUGGCCUCUGCCAGUUUUGAUGCUACCACUUGUAUUUGGAAGAAGAAUCAGGAUGACUUUGAGUGUGUGACCACUCUGGAAGGCCAUGAAAAUGAGGUCAAAUCAGUGGCCUGGGCCCCAUCUGGCAACCUCCUUGCUACCUGCAGCCGAGAUAAGAGUGUGUGGGUCUGGGAAGUUGAUGAAGAAGAUGAGUAUGAAUGUGUCAGUGUCCUCAAUUCCCAUACGCAGGAUGUCAAGCAUGUGGUCUGGCACCCAAGCCAGGAGCUGUUAGCCUCUGCCAGCUAUGAUGACACGGUGAAGCUAUACCGGGAGGAAGAGGAUGACUGGGUAUGCUGUGCCACCCUUGAGGGUCAUGAAUCCACAGUGUGGAGCUUGGCCUUUGACCCCAGUGGCCAGCGUCUGGCGUCUUGCAGUGAUGACCGUACCGUGCGCAUCUGGCGCCAGUACCUGCCAGGCAAUGAGCAAGGUGUGGCGUGCAGCGGCUCUGACCCCAGCUGGAAAUGUAUCUGCACCUUGUCAGGCUUCCACUCCAGGACCAUCUACGACAUUGCUUGGUGUUCGCUGUCAGGAGCCCUGGCUACAGCUUGUGGGGACGAUGCCAUCCGCGUGUUUGAGGAGGACCCUGGCUCAGACCCACAGCAGCCCACCUUCUCCCUGACAGCGCACUUGCCCCAGGCCCACUCCCAGGAUGUCAACUGUGUGGCCUGGAACCCCAAGGAGCCCGGGCUUCUGGCCUCCUGCAGCGAUGAUGGGGAGGUGGCCUUCUGGAAGUAUCAGCGGCUUGAAGGCCUCUGA